AUGGCUGAUAAUUGUUUCAGACUCUACUUAGCCUCUGUUUUUUUGCUUUUUGUGAUUAUAGUUUCUUCAUGCAAUUUGCAGUGUAUUGCUACAGAAAAUCUUUCAAAGGAGAAACUUAACUCAAGGAUUCUUCAGAAUGAGAUUGUGAAAGAAGUCAAUGAGAAUCCAAACGCUGGAUGGAAAGCUGCGUUGAACAAUCGAUUUGCAAACGCAACCGUUGCAGAGUUUAAGCGCCUCCUCGGUGUUAAAGAAACACCAAAGAAUGAGUUUUUAGGUGUACCUAUUGUUAGCCAUGGCAUAUCUCUGGCUCUUCCGAAAGAAUUUGACGCUAGAACCGUUUGGUCACAGUGCACCAGUAUUGGAAGGAUCUUAGAUCAGGGUCACUGUGGUUCUUGCUGGGCAUUUGGUGCUGUUGAAUCACUUUCUGAUAGAUUCUGCAUCAAGUAUAACAUGAAUAUUACUUUAUCUGUCAAUGAUCUCUUAGCAUGUUGUGGAUUCCUUUGCGGUCAAGGUUGUAAUGGUGGAUACCCAAUCGCUGCCUGGCGGUACUUUAAACACCACGGUGUGGUCACCGAAGAGUGUGAUCCAUACUUUGACAAUACCGGUUGCUCUCACCCGGGAUGUGAACCCGCAUACCCUACACCAAAAUGUGUGAGGAAAUGUGUUAGCGGAAACCAGCUGUGGCGUGAGUCAAAACACUAUGGUGUUAGCGCGUACAAAAUCAGAAAGGACCCUCAAGACAUUAUGGCGGAGGUAUACAAGAACGGACCGGUCGAGGUCGCCUUUACCGUUUACGAGGACUUUGCGCAUUACAAAUCUGGAGUGUACAAGCACAUAACGGGUACUAACAUUGGAGGUCAUGCGGUUAAGCUUAUUGGCUGGGGCACUUCUGAUGACGGCGAAGAUUACUGGUUGCUUGCAAAUCAAUGGAACCGAAGCUGGGGUGAUGAUGGUUACUUCAAGAUCAGGAGAGGAACAAACGAAUGUGGCAUCGAACACGGUGUUGUAGCCGGUUUACCUUCAGACAGGAACGUAUUCAAAGGUAUUACCACUUCAGAUGAUCUUCUGGUUUCUUCAUUUUAA